AUGUCUGUCCCAUCACCUGCACUGCGUACUUUUACAUCUCUCUCAUCCUUCUCCUUGUCAUCCAAAGCUCGUCUACCGAAGAACGCAUUUUGUCCUACAAAAGAUCUCCUUGUGUUGGUCUCUGAGCAUGAAGGGACUGAUCGCGUCUCGCUGUGGAAGGCGACAGGCUCAAAGGUCUGGGACUUGAGCCUAGGCAAGCAAGAUCGCUUCACUGAGCUUGCAUGGAGCCCGGAUGGAAACCUCUUAAUGGUCGCUCGAGAGCCUGCUCGCCUCACUUUACAUUCUGUGCAUGACGGUCACGAAAUCACCUCUCUCGUUGUGCCAUUUGAUCAGACACCUGAUCCCACUGGCAAAGGGAAGCGUCCAGAAAGGAGCACACCAUCCAAGCUGAAGAAUGUUUGGUGGCUGGAGAAGGAAGAAUAUGGUCAGGAUGAAGGAAGUCCAUUGAGACGGAGAAGCGUACCUAAAAAGGAGGAUCCAGUACUCGGGUCAGCACAAAACUUGCUCCGGACUAUGCCCUAUCUGACCCCAGUGAAAGAGAUCAAAGCCGACAGCAUAUUUUCUCUGAGCAAAGACAAGACAGCAUCCCAAGAUUCAUCACUACCUCCUCAUCUGCUCGCGUUCCCUUCUCUGCUCGUCGAUCCACUUGACGCCAGCAUACAGCCUCAACGAACCCAGGACACACCAAGUUCGCGUCUAAAGGAUGACGAAGCGAUUCGUAGUGGUGCAAACGACGGAAGUGUACUGGUCGUAUCCGACGAGAAUGGUGCUCUUCACUUCUUUCUCAACGGCACCUAUCCUCUCGGAUAUUUCAAUCUCGGGGCCGAUUGUGAACCAUGCAACAUACACUUGAUGUCGGAGUCUAUGGUCAUGGUCUCGUUCCGUCGAGGUCGCGGCUCAAGCGAUGAAGAGCCACCUUAUGUGGGGGCAGCCAGUCUCUCAUUGCCGCUUCUGCCGACGCGGGCAUUGCGUACUACGGCGGCAAUAUCCUCUCUUCUCCGAGAAAUUCUCGUCAUCAUGCAACAGGCAGUUGACGAAAUGGCGAAAGCCUGGAUGGGUGCAGAAGGGCUGGAGGGUGCUAAAGACCUCGGGGUCCGAUGGUAUCAAACCCUCGAGAAGAAGGGGGAAGGAAAAACAAAUGCAAUGUUCGAACUUGUCACACUGCUCUGCACCGGUCGGCCGCGGCCUAGCAUGGUAGAGUUCUUGGGGCUUUUAACGGAGAGAGCUUGGGAGAGCUGGAAUUCAACGGUACAGAACGCCUUCAAACUGAUGGAGCGCAAUAUUGCCGAGCGUAUUGUUCCGGCAUGUGAGCGGUGUGUUGUGUUACUGGAAGAACUCAAGGGAUGGUGCACAUGGGAGGAGAGCUAUGCUGACUUCGGAGUUCCGAAGGCUGAAGUCGAGGACUGCAUAUCGGCUGUGCUCCGAAUGUUAGAGCUGAGUCACGCGCUCGCCACGCACAUUCUGGAGGAAAGAUGGUCCUUCGACGGUCUGAUGAUCUGGCUUCAAGCACAGCGCUUGUCUAUCCAAGAGGGGCAAGCGCAACCCGAGCACCCAAUGCAUGAUCCCUUGCAAGUUGCCGAAUACCUGCAGACCGGGCUGUUACGCUCGGGAGUAGAUGAAUGGUUUAUAGGUCCCGCCCCAACGACGACUCCAACCGAGCAAGCCGCAUCAGCCACCAAUAAGACUCUAGACUCUGCUCUUUCCGAGGCCCGCCAAGCGCUAAAGCAGCCCAGAGAACGGGUAUAUCGCAUGCAUCGGUCUCCGGUUGGCUCUGGAGCUAACGAAAUGGCGGACCUCGGGGCGAAGCCGGUGACAGACGCCGACUAUCCGCCUUCCAGGACGUUAGCCGAGAGGGUAGUUUUGAGCAUGGAUCGGAAUAUCGUUGCGCUUGGCAGCGAAGUCGGCCAGAUGUGCCAGCACAUAUGUGUGAAGGCUGCAGGUGCCGCAGGGCGCACUGCGGAUGUUGUGCAGCAUUGGGCAACUGCUCGCGCAGACGAUCUCGUCUCAGCGGAGACAUACUACAAAGAAUUUUGGGUAACAGGGUUGGAUGAAACAAGGGUACAGUAUGUGGCGCUGAGAAUUGUGGACGCCCAUCAAGGUCCAGAGGACGGGAGUGGGUAUAAUCCUUCACUGUGUGUCCUCAAGCUCGAGUACGACAGGGGGAGUGGCGCGCCGAUCAGAUCGAGUGCCGCAUUGCUGGACAUUCAGCUGUCAGAAUUAGACCAAGAAUCGCAAAAAGCAAGCGGCGAUCCCACCAUCCAGAAGGGGUGCCUGUGGGAUCUACUUGAUUACGAGUUCUUCGAUGAGGUUAACCUCGUGCUUAUCGUGAGGCGCCGUCGAUGCGAGAAGGAAACUAUCCCACGACAGCUCGAUCCCGAUCUCGAUACACUGGAAGAUCGUGAAGCGAUGAUUAAGAACCUCAAGGACGAGAAAACAGGCAUGGCCCGUGAAAGUCAGGGUCUGCGUGACGAGAAUACCCGCCUCCAGGGCAAGAUAGAAGUAUUCCAAGCCACCAUGAAAGAGAAUGACAAGCUGGUGAAGAUGCUUGAAAAGCAGCUGCAGGCCGCCCAGACUCAACAACAACAGCAAGCCCAUGCCCAGCAACAGUCAUCUCAGUCGUUGGGCUUCGAGUACGGCGGUCUCUAUGCAGCACCUACCGGGAUUCUGUAUGCGAAUCAAGCUCCGAAUUCCUCCUUCAGCGGCAUGCCUAGUCUCACAAUGCCGAUUCACAACAUGAGCGCAGACUUUGCCUCGAAUGCCAACGGUCCCUCCCCUCCAAGAGGUCCGCAUCACAUUUCAGCCUCUACGUUCGGGACGCCGACUACUGGUAUGCGGAUCACGACGAUUGCCCCGAGUGUGGCAGAACAGGCACAAGCAUCCCAGUCCUUUCACGCCUAUACCGACAACGGCUCUCGGUUCGAAGUGAAUAAUCAUGCUUCCGGAAGUGCUGGCAUCAGCUCGGAUUCAGCAUCGUCUGAAGCAAACGGGGGUACAGGGAUGACCAACUCCCCCAUCGAAGCCGCCGCCACGGUGCAAACCAUGCCGCCGGGUACUGAUGGGAUAUCUUCCCAGUCCACGGGGGCGAAUCAGUAUUCUUUUCCCACGGCGCAGCAACAUCAUCAGCAAGCGCAAAAUCAGGGGAUGUCAUAUCCGUCGUCCGACUACCCGUAUGCCCAUUCUACCUACUCGCAACCUUCUCAACGUCUCCAAUCCGAACAUCAACAGGAUAUCAAACCACCCACCCCCGCACAGCCAUUUCGCUCUGCCCAGGCAAUCAACAGCUUGAACAAUAUGAACCUGGAUCCCGCGAUGAGCGAGACGGUUGCGCUGCUCAAGGCUCAGGCAUUUGGCAAGGCACGGAGAAGGCGAAACCUAUCUGGCUACGACGAGUCCUCAACGACGUCAGCCACUGCUCUUGACAUUCGUAAACGUCCCCGAUUUGAGGACGACGAUGUUUGAAGAUAUUACGCUUGAUCUUGAAUGUCCCUCACGAGUAGAGUACUGUAUUUGUAGAUCAAGGACGUUGUUGAUCUGUUCUUGCCCACGUUUAUUCCUGUCACGAUUCCUUCCAAAGGGUGCACGUCGUCGAUGUCCGUCGAGUAACGUGUUGUAGCAAAGCCUUGACUCUCUUUUGUUCUGUAGAUUGUACCAUCGUCACCCUUCCCCCUCUACAAUGUCUUGAUCUACAUGCGAAUGAAA